GAGGUAUGCGCAAGACGCGCCCAGGUUCAUUUCACAGUACAAACUCCUACCGGUGCUCAUCCAGAGUUGGAGUGCAGUGUGGAGCUAGAAAUCUCUUGAAAAGCUACCUAUUUUGUUUGCCGGAUAUACUUUAAGAGGGAUCAGUGUUUUACAAUAUGAACUCGUGAAGUACGAGAAAACCGAGGCUUUCACUUCGAAGACCCCUUGACCGCUCAUCAUGGAGGGAAAAGAGGAGAUCAGUGAUACUGACAGUGGGGUUAUUCUUCAUUCUGGGCCUGACAGCCCCACUACAAUGUUGAAGGAUGUGAAUACUCAUACCCGGGUCAUGAAACUCAAGCAGCAAGCUCUGGAGGACAGACUGAAGAUGUGUUUGCUGGAGCUCAAGAAACUCUGCAUCAGAGAGGCCGAGCUCACAGGACAUUUAUCCUCAGACUACCCCCUGUUACCUGGAGAGAAGCCCCCCCAAAUUCGUCGACGCAUCGGAGCUGCUUUUAAAUUAGAUGAGCCAAGCAUCUUACACAGAACUGAGGACUCUGAGCUUAGCUCUGUGGAGGCUGAUCUGGCUCUUCAGCAGCAGAUAUACGUGGCGGCCCAGAGGCUGUGCCAGGAGCAACAUCUCAGCAAAGGGGUGAAGAGGAGUCGUCUACAGCAGUACCAGCGUGAGGAAAGAAAACUCAAAGAGCUACAGGAAGCUGUAUUCAGGCUGAGACUGGAACAUGGCCGAUCCUCACCACGCCCUGGCAUGAUCACACAGAGAGGAUGCACUUCAGACAAUAGCUCGUUGUCAGACUCAGCUGUGCUGGAUGAAGAGGAACUGUCUUCCCAACUUUCUUCAGAGCCUCCUGCUCCUGCUGUAGACCUUCGCCCUCCACCUCUAAUAACCAACUCUCAUCCCCCUCCUCAUACACCUAUAGUCCCCUCCUACCGGCCCCUUGAGGCCACUGUUCGUCAAACCCCGCCACAAUCCCUGGAGGAUUUGCACACAUGCCAGAGUCCAAUCUUAGAGAAUGACCCUGCCCCCAUUCAAAACUCUCCCUGGAUGGAGAGCAGUUUGGACCAGCCUUAUCAGAAAAAGAAAAAAUCUCACUCGAGUAGCAUCAAAUCUGGUAGUAGUCCUGCUGUUACCCCCACUUUGCCACCUCUGGAUGUCUGUCUCGUGGAGGCCGGGAUAUCACUUCAGAUACCCACCCAUGCUGCCCUGAAACACACACAGUCCUGCAGUGCACCCUCCACUCCAGAGAUGCAUCUGCGCAGGAUACAGUCCCUUAGAGUUCCCAACACUGAACCCAACCCCUAUGACCCCGAGCGGGAACGUGGGCGCUCGAGGGGCCCCAGGAGACGCUUGACAGACUUUGUGGUGACACCAUCAGAAUACUCUCCUAUAAAUCAAAAUGUUGGAAACCCUUUGUACUACUCUAGUUCUGAGGACAGCAACUCGGAGCACUCUGUGCAGUCCUAUGCCAGCUCGCCCUGCCAGGAGCACCCCGGGGAACUUCCUUGGCCCUACCAGCCCCAGUAUGGAUACCAAUACACCAGUUUCAAUGACAGCCACAUGCCACCAAGACGCUCUCCUACCCACUUUUACAAGAACACUCAGUACCAGUCUUCACCAAGUUUUUCCAGGGGGUACGUGGAGGAUGGAUGGGGUCACCCCUUGGAAAUGGAGAGUGGAAGGUCAUCGUACAUAGGCCACCAGGCCCCUUCACCUGUUUAUUCAUCUAAUGGUCACUAUGAGUACUGCUACAGUGAGGCCUUGCCUUCCCAGCAGCGAAGUUGCAGGCUGUUACCCGCCCAUGUAAAACUGUCCCGGGCUCCUUCGCUAAGAGAGUAUCCGCACCAUCCUAGCAGAGGCCUGCCACGUCAGGUGGUGUCGGAGGAACUCAAAUCAUGGCACCAACGCAACCAACUCCGACCGCCUCGUCCGCACUCGCUGGACCGGAACAGGCAGGGCGCGCUCCGCAUCCGAAAUGUGCCUGGGCAAGAGUCCCCGCUUUCGCUUUCCCAGCACCACCGCUUCCAGGAACAGCAGGUAUGCCAGAAACGGGUUGUUCUUAGGACUCCAGAAAGGUUGUAUGAGGAUGACUCUGAGGUCGCCAGCCAGGUGUGAAACAAUGGACACCCUCUGACAACAGUCCUAUUUAUUCAAUAAUUUAUUGAGCUGAUGGAUUAAAGUAUAGGAUUUUUAACAUCAAAAAAUAUAUAGGGAUAUGUCAAGACUGCCAUCAUUUUGUAUGAAAUGCCUUGUCCCAAAAACAAGAGUUUUACUGUGAAAGACAAUGUUAAAAACUUUUUAUAGAUUUUUUUAUAUAUAUAGAUUAACUUACUUAUUGACAUUUUGACAUGAAAUUCUUACUGUUUUUUUUUACGUUGUUUGGUUAGUGUGUUCAUACUAAGAUGAAUAAAGUGAUAUAAAUAAAGAUU